AUGCUACGCCCGCUCGUUGCUCUCCUCUCCCUCCUUGGGCUUGCUUCUGCUGCCUCAGUCGACCUCUUCAAGCGACAGUCUACUGCCUGCAACAACUCCCCAGAUCUCUGCUCCAGACCAUAUAACCAAGUCGUUCAUCUAGGCGCUCACGACUCUCCCUUCCGUCGAGACAAGUCGACAGACUUCUCUACCUCAGGCAACCAAUUCUACAAUUCUACCGUUCAGCUCAACGCUGGUGUUCGUCUUCUCUCCGCCCAGGUUCACAAAUCAAACGGAGCAUGGCACCUGUGUCACUCGUCUUGCGAUCUACUUGACGCUGGAACCCUGUCGGAUUGGCUAGAGGAGGUCAAAGCAUGGAUGGACAAUAACCCAAACGACGUCGUCACCAUCCUGCUGGUUAAUUCCGACGAUGCAACUGUUGGUGACCUUGAUCAACAAUUCACAGCUUCAGGAAUAAACAGUCUUGCUUAUAAACCCGCCUCUACCACCACUCCUCCAGUAUCCUGGCCAACACUGCAAGAGUUGAUCACCGCCGGCACUCGACUGAUGGUCUUUGUGGCCUCUCUCGACCCUGCCAGCAUCCCCGAAAGCCAAUCCUACAUCAUGGACGAGUUCACCUUUAUCUUCGAAAACAAAUUCGACAACACUGCCAUCACCGACUUCUCCUGCUCCCCCGAACGCCCCUCCGCCGUCGGGGGCAAUUCCCAAGCUGCCAUUGCCUCCAACCGCAUGCCAUUCAUGAACCACUUCCUCUACGAUGAAGGCCUCUUCGACAUCCAAACCCCCGCCAUCGACAACAUCACCACAACCAACUCCCCAGGCCAAUCCCUCGGUAACCUGGGCUUCGCCCUGAGCUCCUGCCAGACCGAGUACGGAAGGGUACCGACGUUCACGCUAGUGGACUUCUUCGACGAAGGCCCCGCCAUCAACGCCGUCGAUGCCAUGAACGGUAUCACUCCCGUAGGCAGGACAGCCCUACCUCCCAGAGACAAGGAAGACAGCUCAUCGGACUCCGGCGCGGACUCUUUCCAGGGCGUCAUCGAUCUCAACGACGACGUCAAAGCCGGUGCGCAGCCAAAACUCGGUGCCUGGAUCUGGGCUGCGGGCAAGUGGACUUUCGGAGGGAUCAAUCUCAGCGGUGGCGAUCUUCUCAGUUGA